AUGAAUGCUCGGCCGCCAAGCCAACGCAAUGGUGCGCCAGGCCCACCACGAAGUGGUGUACAGCGAAAGCUUGUCUCUGCGCCCCGGCCGCCAUCUCGAAUUGCUGAGUCACAGCCGUCGCAGGUGUCGCCCGAAGCUAGAGACGCAAGAGAUGCGAACAGCUUGGCUAGCUGUGCACGAGGCCGCCCCUCGCCAGAAGCUGUGUACAGUGUGAGCAAUGCCCGAGAUGCUCGCGAUGUCCAGACGGCAAUCGGCCGACGGCCAGCAAGGGGUCCCUUGGGAGCUGCAGGUGUAAGUGUAAGCGCCAAGCCUGCCCGAGCAGCUUCGAGCGGACCCAGUGCUGGACGAGUGUCGAGUGCCCGCGGAGGGAGUGAAGUCAACAGAACCCCUACAUUUGCAUACCUGAGGGUCUAUGGUCUAAACCAAUAUGCCCGUGCUUUCGUAGCAGCAGGAUUCCAUGAUCUAGAGACAAUUGGAAGACUUUCCGAGACAGAGGUUUUGGACUUCUUGGAAUCGCUUCGAAUCUAUCCGGGUCAUAAACUGCGCCUCCUUCGAGCAAUUGAAUGUCUCCGACAUGCGGCGCACGGAGCAGAUCGUCGGGAGGAACAGAUGCUGGAAGACGACGCGGCCUUGCAGCGCCUUUGCUCACAGAACUCAGAGCUUACGCGUGAGAAGGUAGAGGCCGAAAACGAAAGCAAAAAGUGGCAGCAAGAGAAUCGCCGCCUGCUUGAGGUCGUCCGUGAACAAGGAGCAGAGCUGCAAAGGCAGCGUGACAGAGUGUUGGAGCUGGAGGAGUUGGUCCAAACACAAACAGAACAGGUAGAUUUUCUGACUAGCCAGCUGCAUGCGUUUGCACAGGCUGCUGGGCCGGAGACACUGAAUGGGAUGUUCCAAUCGGAUUUCCAAGGCCGCAAAAGCGACAAAGGCGAGACAGACUGGAGGAUCGACUCUGACUCUCCACAUUCUCCACGUCUGGCGAGAGAGCAUGAGGGCAAUGAGGGCAAUGAGGGCAGGCCAAGAGCCUUUAGUGACUCGGAUUCCCUUACUCUACCUCUCGAAGGGUUUCAGCUGCCAGAGCAGACAUCGAGCCCCUUCACACAAGCCACAAGAGCUCAACGGGCCAAAUUCGCAAAGUCCAUGGAGAUCCCAUCCAACACCGAGGUGGACAACCUGAUAAGGUGUUUAGCAACAGCCUUGCAGAACAAAGUCAUCCUGUCUGUUGGAAAGUCUCGACCGCACACUUCAUCAGCAGAGUGUCUUGCUGCUUGUGCCAUCUUCUUGGAGCCUGUCUGCAAGGAGAUGUUAGAAAAGCAGGCGCGGCCACGAGACUCGCGAGGAGAUGGCGGCGACGCCUUCAACAACGAUGACUUCGGCAGCUUCGGCACGCCUUUGUCUUCGAUGUGCUCGCCAUUGAUGUCAAAAGCAUCUGCAGAGGUCCCGGACUUAAACAAGCCCAGCCCUUUCAACUCAAUUGCAGUUCGACGGAUCCCCAACAAAUGGGACAUCUAUGAUUUCCUGGAGUUGGUCAUCAAUGCCCUGGAGGUUCAUCCAGAGGUGAGUGUAGUCACUUUGGUGUAUUUGGAUCGGUUCUGCGAGAUGAGUGGCAUGUCGCUGACACCAGACAACUGGCAGAGGUUGACAAUCACUGCAAUGAUGCUUGCAUCGAAAGUAUGGUAUGAUGAGUCCUACGAGAAUUUGGACUUUGCCCAAAAGUUCGACCUUUACAGUCUGAACGAGAUCAACACCUUCGAGCGCAUCUUUCUGAAGUGCGUUUGUUACGACAUGUCCGUAAAAGCUGUGAAGUAUGCACAGACGUACUUCUUUUUAAGAACUUUGGGAGCAAAGGAUUCCACAGAGUUUACACUGCAGCCGCUGGACGAAGCUGGAGAGUCAAAGCUCCAGGAGCGGUGCUUAGCAAAGCAGGUCGAAUUCAAGCGCCGAUAUCUAGGAGACGGCAAGGAUUUCACGGCAGCUGCUGAUUUUCGACGGGGUCGACUUCGUCCAGCGCGAGAUGAAGGCGACAGCCAGUCUCGGGGCGCAUGGCCAGCCCGUGCAACAAGCAUGGGACCAUCGCGCCCAGUUCCAAUGGGAAUUCCUCAUUUCAUGGACCCGCUGAUGAUGGGACAUCCGACCAUCAUGACGGUGCCACUCAUGCCGCCGGAGAUCAUGCCUUCGCAGCACUAUCACCCCAUGGCCAUGAUAGUGGACCCUGCAAUGAUGAUGCACAAGCUCAAAGACAAGCACGAGAAGAAGAGCAAGAAGGAUCGCAAGGAGGAACACGAUCGUGAGAGGGAGAAGCAGAAACGAAAGGCCAGACCUGCAGAGAAGGCUCCGGAUGUGCCGAGUUCAAGACAGAAGUCAAAGGAGAAGCGUGGGCCGAAGGAGAAAGCUGUCAAGCACAAGGACAAGAAUGUGAACGAGGAGAAGGCCCCAGCCAGAAAGGAACGGAAGGUAGAUGAGGAGGAUCUGUGA